UUGAGAGAGAGAAUGAUGCGACUAUAAUUGGCGUCUUUUUAGCAAUCUGUUUCUUUUCAGAAGUUGACCCCAUCUCUCUUCCUUCGACCCCCACCUUGAAAAAUCUUUCUUUCUUUUAAUUUUUCCCUCCGGAUUAUGGAUUUUGCUCAAAGUUAGAAAAUAAUUGAUUAUCCCACCAUAUUUGUUUCCGUAAGUAUUGUUAAUAUAGAAUACAUAUACAGUCUCUUUCUUUUUAUGCCCAAUAAACUGAAAAAUCUAUACAGUUUUUAUUUAAGUUUUCGUUUGAUGGAUAUUGGGUUUGAAUGAAACAAUAACAGAUCUGUGUUCUGUAUGUGAAUUUUGACUGGUUAUCCAUUCAAGGGUUGGUUGAUUUUUGUGUAUGUUUUCUUGAAGCUUCCAUUAUUGACUGUAUUGUUUAAUCUCAUCCUCUGACUACGUCCAAUUUUGACUUUAUGGAUAGCACCUAUCCUUUAUAUUCUGCAUUUUGUCAAUUCUACGGUGUGCAUUCACCAAGAAAGUGCUACCUUUAUUGAAUGAAUAUGUUCUAGAAAGUGAGAAUUGUGAAGCAAAUUUCUUUGAAACGGGUGUAGAGAAAAGGAUUUCAACUCCAAGGCUAUCUGUUUGGGUAUUAGUUAUUAAUUUUCCAAAGUUUGAACUCUUGGAUAAGUGCAAAGAGAAGAGAAGCAAUUUGGAAGUGGCCAUUCUUGAAUUUUAUGGCAAUUUUCUAAGAUAUUGUUCCAAUUCGAAAGACCCUUUUUUUCAUUCUUUGAUUGGUAAUAUGUAAUUUGGUUAAUUGAGAUAAAGUAUUGAUCAAGAAACAACGAAUCUUGGUCUGGGUUCAUAGUUGAGGAAAAUGGGUUCCUUUCCUGGUCAUGUUCUUCCCGGAACAUUGUUUCUUUUGGUUGGCGUGUGGCACAUGUGGAGUUCCAUUGUUAGAUAUGUAUCGAAUCCUAAAUCUUUUCAAGUCAGGGUGUGGAACCCUGUUCCCGGUUUUGAUGGACGGCUUAAGUACUUGGAGCUUUAUCUCAUAGCAAUUGGAGGUUUCAUUGAUUUGUGUAUAGAGUUCUUAUAUUCGACCCAUCUCCAUAUCUUUGUCAACGGAGUCUUGAACCCUUCUCACAUGAAUAACUUCGAGCACUCCGGGAUGCUCCUCAUGUUUUUCAUCUUCGGUGUAAUAACACUGCUUUCGGAGAAAACAAGCUUUCUUCCCUUGCCCGAGGGAGCUUUGUGUUUAAUUGCGUCUGCAGCAUUCACUGCAGAGUACCUUCUAUUCUAUUUCCACUCAACCACUCAUAAAGGCCUCGAGGGAUAUUAUCACCUUAUCCUCGUCCUCCUUAUUGGCCUUUGUAUUGUAUCAACUAUUGCCGGAGCCCUCAUCCCAACAAGUUUUCCGGUCGACUUAUGCAGUGGCAUCGCUAUAACACUCCAAGGCCUGUGGUUCUAUCAGACUGCAUUCACUCUUUACGGUCCAAUGAUGCCGGAUGGUUGCAUGCUCAAGGGAAACGAGAUUAAAUGUCAUUCAAAUGGACAAGAAAUCCAUGGAGAAUUGCUGGCUAAUGUUCAGCUAUUUGGUCUAGUUCUCGGAGUUCUUGUGGCUGUUGCAGGAGCAUAUAUUUACGCAGAGCCAAAAUAUGGUCGUUCGAUUCUUAACAACUCACAGGUUCCCGAAGAUGGAUGAAUGUGUUUAACAUUCUUAGCCACGUUUACUUUUUGCCUGCACUGCAUUUUGUUUCCACUUCUGAAGGAGGCUUGUUCGUCGUUUGAUAAUUUGUUCCAAUUGGCAUAGUCAUCGUAUGUAUUUUCCAUCCCAUUUGGCAUUAUGUCACAUUUUGUAGUUAUUUAGUUGUAGAUUGAGUUAAAUUUUACUGUAGUUUGAAUUGUGAUAUGCAAGUUAUUUCACGUACGGUGUCAAAGUGUUAGAGCAAAAACUGGACUGAUAGAAUCUUGUUUGGGCUAUGUUUGUCUUCUCAUCGAUAAA